AACAGUGUCUCCUAAGUGAAUAAUAACCCAAGGUUGCAUGAUGCCUAUUAAUAAUAUGCUCCUGCAAGUGUUGUCUUGGUGUUGACUUUAUACUUUGCAUAUCUAAAAGUAUGGGAAGCAGAGAUAGUUUUUAUUCAGUUGAUGAGUACAGAUUUGAUCCUAAAUGGUUGAUUGAUCCUCAACAUCUUUUUGUUGGGCCCAGAAUUGGUGAAGGAGCCCAUGCCAAAGUUUAUGAAGGAAAAUAUAAGAAUCAAAAUGUCGCGAUUAAAAUCGUUCAUAGAGGUGACACGCCAGAAGAAAUUGCUAAAAGGGAAGCGCGAUUCAUGCGAGAAGUUGCAACAUGGUCUAGAGUUCAACACAAGAAUCUAGCAAAGUUUAUAGGGGCAUGUAAAGAGCCUAUGAUGGUUAUAGUUACUGAGAUUUUAACAGGAGGAUCACUGCGUAAAUAUAUGUUAAGUAAACGACCCGGAAGCUUAGAUUUGCAUGUGGCUAUUGGUUUUGCACUCGAUAUUGCUCGCGCAAUGGAAUGCCUGCACUCUCAUGGAAUUAUUCACCGAGAUCUAAAACCUGAAAACUUGGUCUUGACUAAAGAUCAAAGAACACUUAAACUUGUUGAUUUUGGAUUAGCUAGAGAAGAGACAGUAACAGAGAUGAUGACUGCUGAAACCGGAACCUAUCGUUGGAUGGCUCCAGAGUUAUACAGUACUGUCACACUAAGGCAAGGAGAGAAGAAACAUUACAAUCAAAAAGUAGAUGCUUAUAGUUUUGCCAUUGUGUUAUGGGAACUUUUACACAAUAAGUUACCAUUUGAGGGUAUGUCCAAUCUACAGGCAGCCUAUGCUGCAGCUUUUAAGAAUGUGAGGCCAAGUUUGGAAGAUCUACCAGAAGAUCUAGCGAUGAUUUUGAGUUCAUGUUGGAUGGAGGAUCCGGAUGCUAGACCGAAUUUCAGUCAGAUUAUACAAAUGUUGCUAAACUGUUAUUCAACAAUUAUGCCAUCAAAACCUGUAAUUCCUUCUCGGCUUUUUACGGCUGAGAAUGCUCCGAUGUCUCCUGAAUCGCCAGGUACAAGUGCGUUAAUGGCGGUUUGCAAUUUUUCAGGGGACACGCCAAGAGGAGAAAUGGAACACAAGCCAAAAGGCUUCUUCUUCUGCUUUAACCAAUGCUAUUAACGGACAUGUCACAAGAUGAAAAACAUGUAUUUUUAAAAAAGUGUGUGGUGUUUUUCUAAGAAAAAUGCUAUCGUUAUCAUCUUGUAAAUGUUCAUCUGAUGUAGAUGUUAUUCGCUUUUGAAUUUACUAUCUUAUACUAGAAUCAGACUCUCGGAUCAUUCAUUGUAUACUUUGAAUGAUAAAAUCGAACCCAUUGGACUG